AUGAACCGUUAUUCCCCUCAACGUCUAGCUCCUAUUUCCGAAGAAAUAAGCCCGGCAGAUCAUGAGGUCCUUCGCAAUGGGGGAAGCUCCUCAACGAUCGAAAGACUACAAUCCCGCCUUCAGCCUGCGAAAUGCCGCUCGCCAGACUUCAAAACUCAGUUGGAGCAACAUGUGUAUGAGGCCAGCUAUCUGAAAGCUGAAUUACAGUGGCAUAAAGAGAGCAAACAAAUAUUUUUAGAAUUUCAUGAGAGAAUGAGCGGGAUCUUUAGCUUGAUGGAAGAUGCAAUCACUGAAUCGAUGGCAAAUCUACAAGAAGCUGAGCGCCGAUACUUGAGCUUAUGGGACUUCAACUUGGACCAAGCCCCAGAGGGCAACCUUUAA